AUGUUUAGAAAAGAAGAAAAGGCAAUGCAAUGGAAUACAAUGAAAGCAAUAAGGUAUUUUAUUAAUUUAUUAAAAGCGAAAUGGUAUUGUGUAGUUUUUGUUAUUGUGUUUAUAACAUUUUCUAUGAUAGUUUAUUUUAGUGAUUGGAAAUAUGAACAAAUAGAAGGAGUUAAUUAUAAGACAGUUAUAUGUUUAAUAUCAUUAGGAGUAAUGAUGACAUUAAUUCUUAGUGAAAUGUAUCAUCCAGGAGUAAUUAUGAUGUCUGUUGUUGGAUUCUUAAUAUCAUGUAAUGUUAUUACACCAAGUCAAGGUUUUCAAGGUUUUAGUGAUCGUACAUUUAUUACACUUAUAGUUUCAUAUAUUCUUUCAUCAGCAAUAGUAAAGAAUAGAAGCUUAGAAUUUAUAACAAGAAAUAUAUUACCAGAAACUUAUCAAACAAGAGUUUGGCCAUCAUUAUUAUUAAUGGUAAUUACUGUUGCUACACUAUCUAUUUUUAUAGACAAUACACCAGUAGUAAUGAUUGGUAUUUCAAUUAUAUUUUCAUGGAAAAAAACAUCAGGUAUUGCAGUAAGUAAAGUUGUAUUACCAAUCUCAUUUGCUGCUAUUCUUGGUGGAAUGAAUUCUAUCAUUGGUAAUUCAUCAUUUCAUAGAGCUAGAAAAUUAUUAUUAGAAAAAGUUAAUGAAUUAGAUAAAAGAGGUAUUCAUCUUAAUAUUACUAUGCCAAUAUUUGAAAUUAGUGUAAUAUCAUUUAUUAUUGUAAUUCCUGCAUUAAUUUAUAUUAUCUUUGCAAGUAAUUUAUUACCAAGUAAAAAAGAUUCAUUAUCUCAUAUAACAAAUAAAAUUUAUUAUUUCUCAUUUAGAGUAACUAGUGCUUCAAGAUUUGUUGGUGUACCAAUUGGAAAAACUGUAUUAAUUAAACCUCCUUGUGGUAUUUUAAGAACUAUUAGAAGAGGUGCAACAUAUGAACAAGUAACUGAAGAUUUAGUUAUUCAAGCUGAUGAUAUUUUAUGUUAUACUGCUCCAUCAAAAAUAUUAGAUGAUGUGUUAACUUAUAAUGGUAUUGUUCCAGAAGAUCCAACAAUUACAGAUUUAUCAAAUACUAAAGUGUAUGAAGUUGCAUUAAAUCCAAGUGACCCAUUAAUAGGACAAAAAGUAGAUACGUUGUUUGAAAGAAAUGUUAGUGUUCUUGGAGUAAGUAUUGAUGAAGAUAAAUGGGAAGAAGAAUUAAAAACCAUUGACAUUUUAUCAGCUACAUCAACAUAUAUUUUAUUAACAAAAGGAGAAAAAGAGUUAAGAGGAGAUUCAUUUCAUAUUGUUACUGAUAUUGGUAUUCAAUUACCUGCACCAACAAAUCUAUUUAAGAUUAUUAUUCCUUUAUUAUGUCUUCUUAUUCCAUGUAUUCUUGAAGCAACUAAAGUUACUACAUUGGCUAUAUCAGGGUUUGUUAGUGUAUUAAUAUUAAUUGUUACUGGAUGUAUGACAGUUAAAGAUGUAUAUAACUCGAUCGAUGUUCAAGUCUUGUGCGUAGUUGGAGCGUCUUAUGGCAUUAGUGCUGCAAUAGAUAAAAGUGGAAUUGGUAAUUUGUUAGCCUUAUCAACAACAAAAUGGUUCUAUCCAUGUGGUAAAUUUGGUAUUUUAUUAGGUAUUUUCUUACCAACACUAAUUCUUGCUCAACCAUUAGCUAAUACUAUGAUUGUUGAUAUUAUGUUCCCUGUUGUAUGGAAUUUGUAUUAUGGUAUUAAUGACUCAUCUCCACAUGGUGCAAUUAUAGGAAUUAAGUCAGGAAUGUAUACCAUGAUGAUCGCAUCGUCUAGUUGUUUCUUAAUGGCAAUAGGUUAUCCAACCCAUUUUAUUGCUUAUCGUCAUGCUAAUUAUACAAUGAAAGAAUUUUGUGUUUAUGGAUUGCCUGUGUUUAUCUGGGUGACGUUGUGUGGAGCAUUAUUGCCGUAUUUAUUCUUUGAAGCAAGAAAAUAA